GUGUGGGGGUGCCAGGCCCAAAAAAAGCCACCAGUGUCUUCCACAAGGGGUGGGGGCGGGAUGUCUCAGCUGUGGUGGGGCCCCUGAGUGCUGUCCUUCACAUUAUAACCUGCCGACGUCUGAACAUCCAGCAUGGGCAAAGGGUGUGGUGCUGAGAAUGGAGGGAAGAGGAAGAAGAAGGACAGGGACUUGGAUGAGCUGAAGAAGGAGGUGGCCUAUGACGACCACAAAUUAGCUCUGGAUGAUCUGGGAAAACGCUAUGGAGUGGACCUCACACGGGGCCUGACCAACGCCAGAGCUGUGGAGAUUCUGGCCAGGGACGGUCCAAACGCCUUGACCCCUCCCCCCACCACCCCGGAGUGGGUCAAGUUCUGCCGUCAGCUGUUCGGCGGCUUCUCCAUCCUUCUCUGGAUCGGUGCCAUCCUCUGCUUCCUGGCCUACAGCAUCCAGGUGGCCACAGAGGACGAGGUGCCCAAUGACAAUUUGUAUCUGGGUGUGGUGCUGGCAGCCGUGGUCAUCGUCACUGGUUGUUUCUCCUACUUCCAAGAGGCCAAGAGCUCCCGAAUCAUGGACUCCUUCAAGAAAAUGGUGCCACAGCAAGCGCUGGUGAUCCGGGAGGGGGAGAAAAUGCAGAUCAAUGCUGAGCUUGUGGUGCAGGGAGAUGUGGUGGAGAUCAAAGGGGGAGACCGCAUCCCAGCUGACCUUCGAGUGAUCUCCUCCAGCGGAUGCAAGGUGGACAACUCCUCUCUGACGGGAGAAUCCGAGCCUCAGACUCGCUCCCCAGAGUUCACACACGACAAUCCUCUGGAGACCCGCAACAUCUGUUUCUAUUCCACCAACUGUGCUGAGGGUAUGGCCCAGGGCAUCGUGAUAGCCACUGGUGACAGAACAGUGAUGGGUCGCAUCGCCACGCUUGCGUCAGAGCUUGAAGUCCGCCGUACGCCGAUCAACAUAGAGAUCGAACAUUUCAUCCACAUCAUCACGGGCGUGGCUGUCUUCCUGGGCAUGAGCUUCUUCAUCCUGUCACUCGCCUUGGGCUACAGCUGGCUGGAGGCCGUCAUCUUCCUCAUUGGCAUCAUCGUGGCGAAUGUUCCUGAAGGACUGCUGGCUACUGUCACUGUGUGUCUGACUCUCACUGCCAAGCGAAUGGCCAAGAAGAACUGUCUGGUGAAGAACCUGGAGGCCGUAGAGACUCUCGGCUCCACCUCCACCAUCUGCUCCGACAAGACGGGCACGCUGACCCAGAACCGCAUGACCGUGGCCCACAUGUGGUUCGACAACCAGAUCCAUGAGGUUGACACCACCGAGGACCAGACUGGUUCGGGUUUUGACAAGAGCUCUGCUACUUGGACUGCUCUGUCUCGUGUGGCCGGCCUGUGCAACAGAGCUGAUUUCAAAGCUGGGCAGGAGAACUUUCCCAUUGUGAUGAGGGAGACAGCGGGAGACGCAUCAGAGUCAGCUCUGUUGAAAUGCAUCGAGCUGUGCUGUGGGCAUGUUCGUGACAUGAGAGCCAGAAACCCCAAAGUGGCAGAGAUCCCCUUCAACUCCACCAACAAGUACCAGCUCUCUGUCCAUGAAGUGGAGGACAAUCCCGCUGGUCAUAUUCUGGUCAUGAAGGGAGCGCCAGAGAGAAUCUUGGACAGGUGCAGUACCAUUAUGAUCCAUGGCCAGGAGCAUCCACUUGAUGAAAACUCGAUAGACGCUUUCCAGAAUGCCUACAUGGAGCUGGGAGGACUGGGAGAGAGAGUGCUUGGCUUCUGCCACUUGAAUCUGUCUUCAUCCCAGUUCCCUCGAGGAUUCACCUUCGACUGCGACGACAUGAACUUCCCCACCGAGCAGCUCUGCUUCCUGGGUCUCAUCUCCAUGAUUGAUCCGCCGCGUGCCGCUGUGCCCGACGCAGUGGGUAAAUGCCGCUCUGCUGGUAUUAAGGUGAUCAUGGUAACGGGGGACCACCCAAUCACAGCCAAGGCCAUCGCUAAAGGUGUGGGCAUCAUCUCCGAGGGCAACGAGACGGUUGAGGACAUCGCUGAGAGACUAAACAUCCCUCCGAGCCAAGUUAACCCCAGGGAUGCCAAGGCUUGUGUGGUGCAUGGCUCAGACCUAAAGGACAUGAGCACCGAGUACCUGGACGACCUGCUGAGGAACCACACUGAGAUAGUGUUCGCUCGCACCUCUCCUCAGCAGAAGCUCAUCAUAGUGGAGGGCUGCCAGAGACAGGGGGCGAUCGUGGCUGUGACGGGCGACGGCGUGAACGACUCUCCAGCCCUGAAGAAAGCCGACAUCGGCGUUGCCAUGGGGAUUGCUGGCUCUGAUGUGUCCAAGCAGGCGGCUGACAUGAUCCUGCUGGACGACAACUUCGCCUCCAUCGUCACCGGAGUAGAGGAGGGUCGUCUCAUCUUUGACAACUUAAAGAAGUCUAUUGCAUACACACUGACCAGUAACAUCCCAGAGAUCUCGCCCUUCCUUCUCUUCAUCAUUGCUAGUGUUCCUCUUCCGCUGGGAACUGUCACCAUCCUCUGCAUCGACCUGGGCACUGACAUGGUUCCAGCUAUCUCAUUGGCUUAUGAGACAGCUGAGAGCGACAUCAUGAAACGUCAACCAAGGAACCCCAAAUUAGACAAGCUGGUCAAUGAACGCCUCAUCAGCAUGGCCUAUGGACAGAUAGGGAUGCUCCAGGCUCUUGGUGGUUUUUUCACCUACUUUGUGAUUUUGGCUGAGAACGGCUUCCUCCCAAAGACCCUGCUGGGCAUCCGAAUCAAGUGGGACGACCGCGAAGUCAAUGACCUGGAGGACACCUAUGGGCAGCAGUGGACCUAUGAGCAGAGGAAGAUCAUUGAAUUUACCUGCCACACCAGCUUCUUUGCCAGCAUCGUGGUUGUCCAGUGGGCUGAUCUUAUCAUCUGCAAGACCAGGAGGAACUCCCUCUUUCAGCAGGGCAUGAGGAACAGGAUCCUAAUCUUCGGCCUGUUUGUUGAGACUGCUCUGGCUGCCUUCCUCUCCUACUGCCCUGGAAUGGACGUUGCCUUGCGCAUGUACCCCCUGAAGCCUCUAUGGUGGUUCUGUGCCUUCCCAUACAGUCUUCUCAUCUUCAUUUAUGAUGAGGUCCGUAAACUUAUUUUGAGGAGGAGCCCUGGAGGUUGGGUGGAGCAGGAGACGUAUUAUUAACAUUCAGAAAAUGUCAGUUUGAAUUGUGUGUCUGUGUGUGUGCGUGUGGGUGUAUGUGUGCGUUUGUGUGUGCUUGUGAGUGUAGAACUGUGUGUCUGUCAGUUGUAAUAUUGCAUGGAUCAGUUCACAAAUCUGAUUAUCAUAAAAAUACUGCUGAAAAUAGGCUUUUGAUUGUGCUUUGAGUUUUUCCUUUUUGUUUUCUCCGAAAACAUUUCCAGCAGAACAAUGGUAAUGUAUACCUAUGUGCCUUAAAUAAACUGUUACCAAAGUGAUGUAUCAUGGAAUGUACCAAAUAAAAUGUAUUCCAAAAUA